UUCGGACGGAUCAGAGCCCUCUCGCUCUCAAGCAAAAUACAGCAAAAGAUGCCAAAAAAUCACCAAAAGCCUCAUGCUUUAAUGAUCCCAUACCCUUACCAAGGCCAUGUUAUCCCCUUUGUCCAUCUAGCCAUGAAACUUGCUUCAAAUGGCUUCAUCAUCACCUUCGUCAAUACUCACUCGGUCCACCACCGGAUAUCGGAUGCACAAAAACGUAACAACCAAGAAGACAUUUUUGCCGAAGCACGUAAAUCUGGUCUGGACAUACAUUAUGCAACCGUUAGCGACGGUUUUCCACUAGGGUUCGACAGGUCUCUGAACCAUGACCAGUUUGUCGAGGGUCUCCUACAUGUUUUCUCAGCCCAUGUGGAUGAAUUGGUCGGAAAGUUGGUUCAGGCAACCCCGCCGGUCACCUGCUUGAUCGCCGACACUUUUUACGUUUGGCCGGCGACUAUUGCGAAGAAGUAUAACCUUGUUAAUGUCUCAUUCUGGACUGAACCAGCGUUGGUCUUCACUUUAUACUAUCACUUGGACCUGCUAAAGGAAAAUAGUCAUUUUGCUUCUAACGGUGAUGGACUGAUCUCUGAACCACCAAAAAAUUGCGUUCUAAAACAUAUUUCAAUCCAACCAAAGUAA